AUGAAUACCGGGAAGACUGCUACCGGAAAAGACUAUGUAAAAGAUGAAAUAAUUUCGACCUCAAUAAGCCUUUGUGAACCCCCCUCGGGUAAUGAAAAGAUAAAAUUGGUCUUAAAAUUGCCUAAUUUAAGCGAAGCAGAAUUCGAAAAUUACAGUCCAAAAAUUAAAAAGCCGAUAAUUUUCCCUACUUUUGAAGCGAAAGAGUUAUUUGCUAGUUCUUUGGGUUCUACGACUGAUAUUAUUCACAAGGAAAUGUAUACCUUUCAGGAUAGAAAAGGGCGAGAGAUGGCAUUGCGACCGGAGGGAACGGCCAGCACGGUGCGGUUGGUCGGUCAAAAUAAACUAAUUAGAGAAGGAGUAGAACUAGUUAAUGCCAAAGGGGUGAUUGCCGACUAUCAAAUAUUAAAACUAACUGCUGAUAUCUUAUGGGGACUGGGAAUUAAAAACUUUACUUUUAAUUUAAAUUAUUUAGGGGAUGGUGCGGCCAAAGAAAAAUACAAAAAGGAGUUAAAAAAGUUUGUUGAAAAAAAUAACCCUAAUUUGUGUGAGGAUUGUCAAAGAAGAUAUAAAACUAAUCCUCUCCGUUUACUAGACUGCUUAACUUGUAAAAAAAAAAAUAACUUUCCUUCCUAUAAAACCGCUUUAAAUAAAGAAAAUGCCGACUACAUAAACGAACUGAAAAAAAUUUUAGACAAAUUUCAAUUACCUUACCAAUCUGAUUAUUAUUUAGUGCGGGGUUUGGAUUAUUAUACGGGACUAGUUUUUGAAGUUGAUUUGGGGACCGAAAAAGCAAUUUUAGGUGGGGGCAGAUAUGAUAACCUUUACCAAGAAAUAGGGGAUAUAAAUGCUCCGGCGGUUGGUUUUGCCAUGGGAAUUGAGCGUUUAGUAGAUUAUUUAGAAAAUUCAUCAUUAUUAGAAAUUAAUGAAAAAGUUGACAUUUUUUUUUUGGCAAUUACCGCGGAGGCUUAUUUUGAUAUUUUGGUUUGGAAAGAAGAAUUAAAAAAAUAUCCCUUAGUAGUAGACUACAAUUUGGAAGAGGCACUUGGAAAAGAAAUUGGAUUUUCUGAAACUCGUCCUAAUACUUUGGUGGUUUAUAGUAAUCGUCUAUGCGAUGGGUAUAAUGAGGAAGAGCAUAAAAAAAUUAGGCAAAAUUCGGACAUUAGAGAUUUAAAAGUUGAUUGGGAAAAUAUAACCUUAUUGGAAGGAGGUUUAUCUUUUGAUUUAAUUUCUCCUUUGGCUAUUCCUGCAAACGGCCAUAACCUUACAUUUAAUAAGAUUUUUUUGCCGCUUGAUUAUCCUAAGAAAAAUACUAAAAGUUGGCUUUCAGUUAAAAAUAGUAAUAUUUUAUACAUAACUGAUACUGACCUAAAAGAAGGGGAAAAAGCAAAAUUCCUAGAAAGACAUCCAAAAGAAUCUGCCAAAGAUAUGAAAAAUGAAAUUGAAGCCGCUAUUCGUGCCUUUGAAAAUGGUGCUAAUCUACCUAACCGCGUCCCCCCUCCACAACCAAAUCCUAAACAAAAUAAACUGCCAAAAAAUAAUACUUCUAACCAAAUCCCUUGA